UUAGAAAUGGAGUUGAUGAAAGAGAGGUUUGCAAAGUUGCUACUGGGAGAGGACAUGUCUGGAGGUGGCAAAGGAGUUUCAUCAGCUCUUGCUCUUUCCAAUGCCAUCACCAAUCUUGCAGCCUCUGUUUUUGGAGAACAAUGGAGGCUUGAACCAAUGUCUGUUGAGAGGAAGACAAGAUGGAGGAAAGAGAUUGAUUGGCUUUUAUCUGUAACUGAUAAUAUUGUGGAGUUUGUUCCUUCACAACAGACAUCAAAAGAUGGAACAAACAUGGAGAUAAUGGUGACUCAACAGCGCAAAGAUCUUCACAUGAAUAUUCCGGCAUUGCGAAAACUUGAUGCUAUGCUCAUUGGUUAUCUAGACAACUUCAAAGGUCAGAAUGAAUUCUGGUAUGCUUCGAGAGACAAUAAUGAUAAUGAUAACGAAGAAGACCAAAACCGAAAGAAUCAGAGGAAGGAUGACAAAUGGUGGCUCCCAGCAGUGAAAGUUCCUGAAAAAGGGCUGUCAGAAAUAACUAGAAAAUGGAUGAAACAUCAGAAAGAGUUGGUGAACCAAGUUCUCAAAGCUGCAAUGGCCAUCAAUGCUCAAGUUCUCACCGAAAUGUCGGUCCCAGACACAUAUAUUGAAUCACUUCCAAAGAAUGGAAGAUCAAGCCUUGGAGAUGCAAUAUACAAGAGCAUCACAGUAGAUGUGUUCAACCCCGAGCAAUUCUUUUCAUCGAUAGACUUAACAUCAGAGCACAAAGUCCUUGAUCUCAAAAACCGUAUUGAAGCAUCCAUUGUCAUAUGGAAGAGGAAGAUGAAUAACAUGGAUGGCAAAUCAUCAUGGGGCUUAACAGUUAGCCUUGAGAAGAGAGAACAGCUUGAAGAGAGAGCAGAGACAAUCUUGCACAUCCUUAAACAGAGGUUCCCUGGCAUUCCUCAAUCAGCAUUGGACAUCAGCAAGAUUCAAUACAACAAAGAUGUAGGACAGGCAAUAUUGGAGAGUUACUCAAGAGUACUGGAAAGUUUGGCAUUCACAUUGGUGUCAAGGAUAGAUGAUGUUCUCUAUGCUGAUUCUCUUGCACAAAAACAAGCAAAUGGAGAUUGUCAGAGAAUUUCUUGUUCUUAUUCUACAAAGUCAGAGAGAGUAUCAGGGACAUUGAAGAAAUUGGAUGUCAGAGAGGAGAUGGAGAAACUAAGUGCUAUGGAGAGAACAACAUCAACUACACUUUUGGACUUCAUUGGAUGGAAUGUAUAUGAAGAGAACUCACAAGAAGCCGAGGAAGAGGAGGAGGAGUUGGAGGAUAUGAAGUUAAAGUGUAAGCCUUCAAGAGCUAGUUUUAGUAAGAAAGUUACUUAUAUAGAGAAGUUGGAGAGCUUUGGAGGCAUUAGAAGUCCCAUUGCAAGACACUAAGAAGAGAAGGAAAGGUUGAUAGCUUAGAAGAAGAAUGAAAGAAAGAAAAGUUGUUGUUGAUGAUGAUGAUGAUGAAGAAGAUGAUUCUUCAAAGUGUAGGGUGAUUAAGAGAUUAA